CAACGGCUCUUUGAAGAAACCUACAUAAUAUAACAACAUUUAAUUUCCCUUUGGGAUUAAUAAAGUAUUUUUGAAUUUGAAUUGAAUUUGAAUGUUACCAGUUUCAUACAUUUUAGAUGAUUGUAUGUACUUCUGAGCUGUAAUUAAGAGUCUGAAAAUGACAGCCAGAUAAAGUGUCAGACCUGUAAUGACUUCAGUGUGUGACUGAUAAAAAAGGAGGUCCAAAUUAUUCAAGGUUACAGAGUUUUACAUGACUGAAAGAGUUAUCUACAUGAAAAGAAACAUAUCUGAAAAUCUUUGAGAGACUUAUAGAAAACAAGCGAAAGCUCAGUUUGAUUUAAAUAGACUUCCUGUUUGAAUAUAUAAUAACUUUGAAUAAUUAGGUAAAAAACAUUUUAUUGUCCAUUAAAUAAUGUUUAUUAAUGCCACUUAUUUUUUAUGCAUUGAAUUUAGGUAAUCAUCUAAGUACUUUCAGCACUGUUCACACUCAUCAUGAAAAAUAUUUUAAUGUUUUUCAUGUUUUCAUUGAAAUAUGAGGGGCUGUACAUUUUAGUUGCUUUUUUGAUUUAAUAAGGCACUGAUUCAGAAUAAUAUAACUAAACAAAAAUAAGUUGUCUGAGAAAAUAACAACCAAAUCAGACAUGAAACCCAGCCAAGUAUCAUGAAGAUCUGUGUCUUCAUCAUGUUGUGCAGACAAGCCUUUAGUCGGAUCUUACAGCUUAAACGGAAAGUCAUGAAACUUUUGAUUCAUAAAUCUUAGACAGUUGAUUAGUGUGUGAGCACUGAAAGUAUAAACACCGCAGCAGCGCCAGUUAGGGGCGGAAGAGACAGGAAGACAGGAAGACAUAACCAGGUAAGGAAAUAAUGACACAGACAAUGGGUAGAGUGAGUGAGACGACCGAGUGAGAGAAGGGGAGGCAGGCUCACCUAGAAUAAGUUUGACAAAACAAUAGAAGCAGAAGAGAGGAGAACUUCAUCAAAGGUAAGGUCUAAUCGUUUUUCUUGUUUAUCAUGUUAUGAAAUUUAAAAAAGAGGAUGUUAUGCAUUUUUAAAAGUGGUUAUGAAUAAGCAACUUUUAUAAAGCAAAUAUUUUCUUGAUAUCGUAUAAUUACCUGAGUACGUUGUAAUUUUUCCCCUACAGGAUGGGGACUGUGCAAUACUUUCUAGUUGUGCUGUUAUCUGCACAGUUGGUGCUCAACUCUCCCAUGCAGCCAAACAGGACCUACAUGGAGGGUAGCAAAAGGUGUACUGAAUGCCCUGCAGGUGAAUUUCAGAAGUCUUGUACGCAGUGCAAACCCUGUCCUAAUGGAACGUACACCAAAGAGUGGAACCGUGAGCCUACUUGCUUGAAAUGCUUCAGAGACUGCUCUCCACGGUAUCAUCUGCAGGUGGUACAGAACUGCACAAGAACAACCCCCUUGAGAUGUGUCUGUGAGCCUGGUUUUAGAUGCAUGGAAAUUGACCUAGGGAACUGCAGGGAGUGUGAAAAAGAAAUGAACACAACAGCCGCAUUAGUGACUUCAGGCCCAUUGCAUGGAGAACAUCUGGCACACACAGGCGCUGGGCUGGCAGCCAUUUUGGGCUCAGUGGUCUUCAUAGGAUGCGUGGCCCUUAUAAUCCUGUUCUGCAUCUAUCAGCCCCGAGAGGAAACGUGUUUCAGGCAAAUUAUUGCAAAGCUGUGUAAUGAGGCAUGGCCAAAAGCCACUCGUAAAGCAAAGGAGUCGACUCAUCAGUUCCCCAGAGACUCAUUCAGUGCAAAGCAGCAGACGGCACCGCUUUCAGCUGCUAAUCUGGGUCCAGUCCACGUCCACAAUCCAGGCACAGUCAUCUUCAGCUUGCUCAGCCAGUUCACCGGUCAGGUCGGGCCAACGGUUCAGUGCGGGAAUAGUGCUGAGAGGGUGAGCAAUGAAGAAGAAGACGAGAGAGACUGUCCUGUGUUUCAUCCCAUGCCUUCUCCGAGUAUUCACCUCUCUAAAGAAGAGAGGAGCAGCGAGACAGGGGAUGUCUUCUUCCCCUCCCAGGAGCAGGGGAAAGAUUACCACGUGUCGAAGGAGGAGGUGCUGUAAUUUGUCAAACUGAUCCAAGAUUUGUUGUGGAGGACAAUUUGGAUUCUUUUAAAGAGAGGAACAAAAAACCUUGAAAACACAAUUGCAGGCAAGAGAGGAAGGCAGGCAUCUUAUUCUGGCAAACUGUGAGAGGAUCACAGUUGCCAUUUUUUCCCUGCUGGUUAAGGAAACCCUCAUCACGUCCAACUUUGAUGAAAGCUGGAAUAGUGACAUUUUUGUAAUUUAUAAUUUAAGAAAUCUUGUAAAUAUUAUAAUAACUCUGUCAGCUUUAAAACUUGACUUCACUUGAGGCAUUUUGAGUGGAAGAUUUCUUUUUAUUUUGAAUAAAGAGAAGUGAAAAACA